GAUGUCGGGGACCCGCUGCCAGGCGCUGUACCCCUUCUCCGGGGAGCGGCACCGGCAGGGGCUGCGCUUCGCGGCGGGUGAGCUGAUCACGGUGCUGCAGGUGCCAGACGGCGGCUGGUGGGAAGGGCAGAAGGAAGACGGGCUGCGAGGCUGGUUCCCGGCCAGCUACGUCCAGCUGCUGGAGCAGAAACCCCGAAAGGCAGCUCCUCAGCCAGGAGAAGACACCAUGAACGGCCACCUUCCCCCCGGCUGGCAGAGCUACAUGUCUCCCCAGGGUCGCAGGUACUACGUGAACACCUUCACAAAUGAAACGACGUGGGAGCGGCCGAGCAGCGUGCCUGGCACUCCAAAGAGCCCUGUGUCACAGAAGAGUUCUGCAGUGAAUGGCUACUACAUCUCUGGCUCCCCAGUACACCAGCUCGACUCAGGUCAUAUGAGCCUCCGAAAAGCCAGCGGGGACCCCCAGAUCAACUGUGUGACUUUCCCCCACCCUGACGUAAUGCCAGAGCAGCAGUUGCUGAAACCUUCAGAGUGGAGCUACUGUGAUUAUUUCUGGGCAGAUAAGAAGGACUCACAAGGGAACAAUACAGUGUCGGGAUUUGAAAUUCUUCUUCAAAAGCAACUUAAAGGGAAACAAAUGCAGAAAGAAAUGGCAGAGUUUGUUCGAGAAAGGAUAAAGAUUGAGGAGGAAUAUGCUAAGAACCUGUCCAAACUGUCUCAGAAUUCCUUGGCUGCUCAGGAAGAAGGCACACUGGGAGAAGCUUGGGCUCAGCUCAAGAAGAGUUUAGCUGAUGAAGCAGAGGUUCAUCUCAAAUUUUCUUCCAAGCUUCAGAGUGAGGUGGAGAAACCCCUGCUCAACUUCAGAGAGAACUUCAAGAAGGACAUGAAGAAGUGUGACCAUCACAUCGCAGACUUGCGGAAGCACCUGGCCAGCCGCUACACAGCUGUUGAAAAGGCCCGGAAAGCCUUGACAGAGAGGCAGAAGGAUCUGGAAAUGAAAACACAGCAGCUAGAGGUGAAACUCAGCAACAAGACAGAAGAGGAAAUCAAGAAGGCCAGACGGAAGUCCACCCAGGCAGGGGAUGACCUGAUGCGCUGUGUGGAUCUUUACAAUCAAGCCCAGUCCAAGUGGUUUGAGGAGAUGGUGACCACCACUCUGGAGCUUGAGAGACUAGAAGUUGAAAGGGUGGAGAUGAUUCGGCAGCAUCUGUGCCAGUACACACAGCUGCGGCACGAGACAGACAUGUUCAACCAAAGUACAGUAGAACUUGUGGAUCAGUUGCUUCGGAAAGUGGAUCCUGCCAAAGACAGGGAACUGUGGGUAAAAGAACACAAAACUGGAGAUAUCCGACCUGUGGACAUGGAAAUAUAGACUGAUCUAUAGUUGGAUGUGCUGAGUCCACUGAAUUAAGCAGGCUAACGAUUGUUUUUAAGGGUCAAAAGAGCAUAGGGAAAAGGUUGUUUCACUACCAGACAGACACCUUGUAAUUCAUGCCUGUAUGGGCUCUCUCUGUUCCAUUUAGUCAUUACAAUGGUCCUCGUUGUGCUAAGCCUUAAGCACCAGACAUUCCAGGGUGAAAAAACCAGAUGUGUGCUUCCCACCAGAGGUUCCCAAUUGCACGCAGCUUCCAGGAGAAAUCUGCUUCCUGGCACAGAAAGUGCUCUGUUCUUCAGUGACUUUGUGCUCCACCUCUUGCAUGACUAUCUCUAUAGGGUAUGUUAGAACAACCACACAGAGAGCCUCUGGCCAGCAAGGAGAUAACUGAUUAUGAUGCAGGAGGCAAGAAAGGCCUGAUCAUGAAUCCCAGGUCUAUCACUGACUGCCCUCAUGGCCAUAGGCAAGUCAAUUAACUUUCCUGGCUCCCCCAUUUAUAAAACCUGUGUAUCUUGCAGCACUGCUGUGUGAAUACAUUGCUUUUCAUAUAACACUGUCUUUCACCACGGCAGUGAAGUGAUGGCCCUUCUCCCAAAAUCCAUGGAGAAGAUUCCUGUUCUUCCUGUUUUAUACUCCCUCUCAGGGAUACAUAAACCCAUUUUCAUGAUUUCUGUUGUCGGCCAGUCGAUAAGUUUGAAAGUGUUACCAUCACAAUUUUUUAUCAGGAAAGACUUGGUUGUACUAUACCUACCUCAUUAGCUGUCAGAGUGCCCUCAAUGACAGAAGGAGGUCAUAUUCCAAGGAAUAAAUGAGAUGUUUAAAAUCCUCUCCUGCUCAUGCAAGGUGUUUUUCCACAGAAUCUCCUUAAAGGUAGUCCUCUAAUAGUUUACUUGGGAUUCAGGUUAAAAUUUCCUUUGUUGGUUUCUUCAGGUGAAUAUCACAGACUUUAGGUAUUUUUAAUUACCGGGUUUGUCCCGCUAAAUUUUGGCUUUUGUCUUUUUGGAGCCUGAUUUUCAAAGGUGCCAUGAAUGUGAUGCUAGAUUGCAUUCAGUGUAGAUGUAGGUGCCCAGCACUUCUGUACCAUCAGAGUCUUAACCUGAGUUUUUUUUCUAUGUUACCCUUACUGCAAACCACCAAAAAUUCAACACUGCUCUUAGAAAAUAGUGUUAUGUAGUUUGGGGGCUGGUUUUGAAAAGGUAUUUAUUUUCUUCUGCUGUUAUUUCUGAUUGAGUAUUCAGUGUUGCUGUUAAUGUAUUUUUUCAGCAUUUCAUACAAUGCAAAAAUUCUUCAGAUUCUUGCUUUAGAUCCAGGACAAAUCUUGAUUCUCACCACUGUGGCCUUUAUUCAGUGUUUACUGUGGUCUUAGCUACAAUAUCCCAAAUCAUACUAUUGCAUUUGAUCCACAGUUUUGCUCCAUUUUAUCUCACUGUUACUGUCUUUUUCUCCCCAGGCCCAGAACUGCAUCCUUCCUUCGUUCUACUCUUUCAGGUUUUUGUUCACCAUCCUCCAAAUGCUGUCAUUAGAUCAUUGGGAGUCAAUAUUCCUCUUUACAAAUACAAACUGAGACACAGAAGAGUCUUAGCUGAAGCAUGUUUAUAACAUUGCUGCAGUGUUUAAUUUGCUGGUUUAUUAUUUCAAACAGAAUUCUCUUGCAUUCUUCUAUUGCUCCCUUUUUUUCAACCAUCUCUUUCCUAGUACAGGUCCAUUCCUGUAUUGCAAAUGCCUUCACAACCCACUCCUCUGCUGCUUCGUUAACCUUUACAAACCUUUGGCAUCCUUUGCAUGUUGGCAGGUGUAGUGCCAUGACUGCUGCAUGCUCAGGAUCCCUGCUCCUGGUGUGACACUUCCUCUUCUGCACCUCCCCUGCACACCUGGGAAUUUGGACCGCAGUUUUAUUCUUGGUGUUGGAAGAGCACACUGUGAUGUGAGCCUCCCCUAAGUUCCUGCACAGACCAUUGCAACACCAGUUGAAGUGUUUGGUUUGUCUGAGUGUCCUUGAGCUCAGUGAGAGCCUCCUUCCCUUCUUCCCUCAAGCAGGGCAGUUGAUGAUCUCUCCUUUCCAGUCUUUCUACUGAUUCACUCUCUGCCCUACCAAUUUUUGGCCAUAUCAGUGUAUACUUCUCCUAACUCAUAUCUUGCACUUCAGAGGACAGGCACUUUUUUAUUUCUUAAGCCACAAAUGCAGGUUGAACUUUCAAAACUUUGGUGGCCAAAACAAUGUGAACACAUGAAAGCUGCAUUGCAGAUUGCCCCCUGUUCUAGGCUCUGUUGGAAAUUGAAAUGAGCAAUCUUGACAAUGCCUCAGCACAUUCUUGUUUUGAUUGCAAAACAGAACUAGUUGUGCACUUUAUACAGUAUUCUCCUUAAUAAAUACAAUAUAUACUAUAUAUAUAUAUAUAUAUAUACAAAUAUAAUAAAAUAACCUGAAAUACUCUGUUAGCAAUUACACUUUAUUUUUCCUCUAUCUUUAAAGAUGUUUGUUGCUUUAUCUAUUUUGGACUGGAAAUUCUGUGUCCAUUAGCACAGGUUUCUCUGGGGACUAUAACAUGUUUUGAUUCCUCUGCUAAGGUGUAUUUUUGCUGCUCUGAAUUCUUAGUUUGGGUUUUUUGUUUCUGUUAGUGUGUUUGGCUUUCUGUUUGUUUGUUUGGGGGGUUUUGGGUUCUUUUUAGUUUUUUUUUACUUUUGGUUUUAUUUCCUGGUAGUUUUCCUGCUUCUAGCUCUUGGUCCACUUGAAAUAUUUCAGGGAUGUGAGUUGCCCAGAGCUGUAAUUCUCCUGGUGGAGUCUGUAUCUCUUUUUCACUUCAGUAACCAGAGGAGAGCGCAGGUACCUGGCUGUGGAUCUUCCCCAGCCCCAGAAGACUCCGGGUUCUGCUCCACGACAGGAGAAAUGCUUCAUCCACAACACUUCCACCUGUAUUCAGUGCAAAUUUUGCUGUUGCUUGUAAACAGUUUUCAGCUCAUUUCUUUCAAAAGAUGAUUUCCUUCUUGAUAUGACACUGCAGAUCUCUGUUACCUUCUGGCUCACUCCCUUCUCUGAUGGAUUUUUGGGUUGUGUGAUGCUUUACAGGUCAGUGCGUGCUGGAGUUCCUUUGCUUCUAACAGGCAGCAUCUUCAAAGAGGGUAGUGGCACCUUUAAAGGAGAGCAAGGGUUCCUGCUCUCACAGGUGACUUUAGGAGUUUCAGCAGUGCUCUGUUUGUCUUCCACUGAGUUUCAAAAAUGCAGCAAAAUCCAAUCUGUCUUCAUGCUCCCCCUAAACAGCUGCUUGAUCAGACUUGGUGUUUUAUUUAAAUCCUAGCAUGUGUGGAUGCUGCAUGAUGCUGCUGCUGUGUAACUGAGUAACGGAAUACCAAACCAAGUCUCUUUCCUCCAGUACUGAGCAUCAUCUCAUUUCAUCUGGCAGCUCACACUCCUGGUGUGAGUUUUUGCUGGUUUAGUCACUGUGGGGUUCAGAUUGGCAGGGUUAUCUCACGUCUCUGUAUGCUCUGAGGUCCCAGAGCAGGUCAGUUCUUAGUUAACACUUUGCUUUCACUGGCAGAGGUACAACAAGGGGGGAUUUUGCUCUGGUGCUCAGCAGGUAGCUCUGUUUGCCCAGGUCUGUUAAGCCACCUGUGUUUUGGGAGUGGAGCCACACCUGUGAGCUCCCUCGUGCUCUGAGCAAUGCUGUCACACACUUGUCCUGUUCUGGAGGGCUCUCUGGCAAUCUCACUUUCAGCCAGAGACUUUUGGCCCUUCUCUUAGCAAAAGGGCUUCCAAAUUCCAUGGCUUCAGAUCUGUUUGGUGUCCUGAGUGCCAGAGCUCAGUGGUGAGUGUGCUUGCCAGCUGCACCCUCAGCUGCCACACAGAAUGAGAACUUUUUGUCCAUCAUCCAGACCUUCCUGCCUGUGUCUUCAAAGCACAGUUGAAAAUCUUUCUCUCUAAGGUAUUCUUUCAGCUUAUUUCCUACCAGAACUCAUUCUGGAUCCAGUGCUGUUGGCUGAUUCCUGUAGGAGUUUAUGAGCUGAAAGCAGUGAGUCCUUUACCACACGGGCCAAAUGCACUCUUCUCCCAUUAGCAGCAAGAUUCCAGUUUCUUUCUUGGAGCAGUAUCCCAAAAAGGCCUAAUUUUCACUUUGCCAACCUGCUCCAGAUUCAGUCAUCUCUCUGACUCACGCUUGUUCAUCACUUCUAUAGGUUGGACAUCUUUUGGAAGACUUUGGUUGCUCCCUUGUAGGGAUGUUAGUUCAUUAUUGGACACUGGAAAUAUAGAAGAUAGCUUUAAUUUUAUUUUUUUUUUUUUUAGUUUUAAAAUACUGUAACAGCAGUGAAAAUCAUACAGAAAUCCCUGUUAUGUUUCUAGACUCCCUUUCUCCCUGUGCAGCCCCUCCUGAGCUGCUGGAGUGCAGCUGUGCUCCCCCUUAUUGCACAGGUAAACACUGAAGUCACUUCCUUGAGUGCCUGCCAGGCAGGUUGCAAACUUGUGCACUGCUUCUUUUUCCCUUUAUGCAGAUAUUUUUAAUUUGCUUGGGUUGUUUUGGGUUUUUUUUCUCCUAACAGGAAUUUUCACAGCAUUCAUGGGAAACUUCUAUAUGCUCAUAGCAGUUGUAGUUUCUCAGGCUUUGUUAGAACUUCCUACAAUUGUCCCUGUUUUUAAUUUCAUUAUUUAAAUAUUGGCUGCAAGUUAGGCUUGUUGUGUAGAAAUGGGCAUUCUUCACCUGUUCUUUGAAAGUGCUUUGAAAAUUGGAAUACAGCAGGGAGCUAAGAGAUAAGACUCUUUGAAAAUCAGGCUAACAAACAAAAAUGCAUAAACCUCUUUUUUCCUUACUUGUGCUCAAGUACACGGAUAAAGUAAAUCUCAAGAAAUGAGAAAUAGUUAACGUGUAGUUGCUCUCUGUGCAGCUGCCAACAGCUCCAGUAGUGUUCUUGUGUGGGGCUGCAGUCAGAACACACCUCUGGAGUAUGGACCCACAGGUCCUGAUGCAGCUGUAAAAACCCAAAUCCAUAAUUCAGUGUCAAAGUAGCUCUGCCCAUUUAUUUCUUCAGUCACACACAGGGAGAGAAAGGGCACUGCUUAGCCAGGUGGGUCCUUCACUACCAAGCACCUUAAGAAAUCCACACAAGCACUUUGAAGGUCCCCCUGGAAUGAGUAGAUGUGACUUCUUGAUGUGAUUAUUUGAUGUUUCCUUCUGAACUGAAAACAGAUUUACUGUUUCACAGUAUCUGGUGUGCCCUUGGCCACUAGUGCAGCCUGCUGUGUCUGUUCCCAGAGGCAGCAGCAGACUCUGGUGUCCUGAGGGCAGUCCUGGUCACCCUGGCAUUGCUCUCAUUUGGCAAUUACGUCUUCAAAAGACAGUGCCAAAAAGGCAGUUUUCAAAAUAAUGAGCUUUUCAGUUCACAGACCUCUCUGGAAAGCCUGCAGGCUUUUUGCUAACCCAGUGUGUGUUGAAAUGGGAGAGUGGCGUGGCAGAGGUUGCUGAAGCAUUGGCUCUGAGGAGUUCCUGCUGUGUGGACAUCUCCUCCCACCCUCUCACAGGGAUGGGGAACAGCCCCCAGGCAUCCUGUGUGCACCAGAGGAGCCUGCUGGUCACAUCUGUCUUAACCAGGUGGGCAAGAGGCACAGAUAAAUUCAGUUUAGAGCAGACACAUAGGGCAGGAGGAUCAUUACCUCAGUGGCAUCUCUCUCAGACCCUGAUGGGCCCCUUCCUUCUCCCAGUCCUGCUCAGCACUUGAAAAUCAGUGCUGAAAUGUGUCUGUUGCUUGAUGCAGAGGUGUCCAGCUCUCACCUGGUUGCACCCAUGGAAGACCAGCAGGUGCCAGUGCUGCCCUGGGCACUGGGGAAGGGCUCUGGCAUUUGGCUGCCCAGACCCCAGGGCAGCUGUGCUGAGGCUGCUGUGCCUCAGGAGCCUGGAGCACACAGCCCUGCUUUGCACAGUGGGAAUGAAGUCUUUCCUGGCAACAAAUCUUGGUCUUUUCCUCAGAAUCAUUGUAAGAAUAACAGCCAUUGCUUUGUCUUACAGUAGAUUUUAUUCAUACAAGUGUUGCAUCUUUCAACUCCUUAUUGUACCCUCUCCAUUGUUACUGUAGCCAGCCCUUCAUCAGUGAAAUACAACACUUUUCAGGACCUUUAAAUUUGAAAUUUUAUAGAAUAUAUCUGUUAUUUCAAUGUGCUGACCAAACUUCAUGCUUUUGGGUGUUUUCUGAGAGUUUUAAGAGCUUUUUUGGAGAGGUUGUUUUGGGUUUUAUUUUGGAUUUUUUUUAAUCAGCCACAAGGUUUGGAAGUGUAAAAACUUCUUUCUGUGCUACCCACAGUUUCUUUUUCCUUCCUGGAUUUUUUUUUUUUUUGAAGGGACCAACACAUAGCACAAUUUAACUUAAAUUUCUAAUCCCAUGCAUUCCUCAAGGCAGAAACCUUUUGUGCCUAUUGAUGCUUCUGAAUUUAAGAACUGUACGUGGAUAAAAUUUUUCAUAGACCAAUAAAAAAAUUAAGUCUUAGAUUAACCACUUAAUCACAGAAGAAAACCACGUAUGGAUUUGAGACAUUCAAAUUUAAUUCCCUCAACUUACAUUAAGUUGAACUAUUUCAGGUGUGUUAUAAGAGACAAACUCAGUGGAUAUUCAGAACAAAAGUUUUCCAGCUGCUCUAUCUAGGUUCAGUGAGUGGACAGGACUAAUUUUGAAUAUAUAUCAGGACUAUAAUUUUGAAUAUAUGCAGGCUUUUAGGGCUACUGACUUAACAAAUAACUGAGUAAUGUUUGUAUCUCAACCCUAUUAAAAUUCUGCUAGUAGAUCCCCUUGAAGUGCCUCUUUAAACAGUAUCUGCUACAAGCACGUGAAGAAUACACAGAUUCACCCUCCAAAUUGCCAAACCUCAGGAGCAGCCACUGUGCACAGAUCUGGGCAGGAAUCUCAGCCCCUUCCUUGCUCUGAACUGUGCACCCCUUUAGGACACCCACAUGUCCAGGAGACCUGCCUUUGGAUCUGAUAAUUUGCUGUCCAGCUCAGGCAUUCUAAACUCUCAAUCCUGAGAAUGGAAUGGAAAAGAUUAGACUUAAAAGCAACUGCAUUGAAGCUAAUCUUUGGACCCAUCCUUGGGUUCAGUAGAAUAAGCAGGGAAUUCUGCAUAAAAACACUAUGCAUAAAAGAGUUGUUACACUUCACUGCAUAAAAAUAAUUUAUAAUAAUUAUAAUAAUAAAAGCCCACCACUUUUUUUUUAUUAUUUUUUUUUACAGCAGUUGCAGAGAAGAAACAUUUUAGUCCUGGAACUCAAAAGCUGAAUGUGAUUUCAGGGAUCUCACACAUAAUGAUCAAAGUCAUGUUAAUCCCAGAAUUUGGGAAUGAUUGACCUGAAAUCCCUUGUUCCUUUGGAGUUUUUUGAUGAAAUGGCUGAGAUUAUCAGAAUAACCUAAGGAAUUUGGAAGUCCAUACUCUGUCAGGUCAAAAACACUCUUUAGGGGCAGCAGCCUCUAUCCAUUAUGAAAACAGCAGGUACUAGUGUUGGACAAAAAUGCUUUUUUCUCCUUUGAUGAUUUCCUUGUUUUCUGCAACACAAGACAGUGUGAGAAUUCCACUGGGCAGUUCUGCAGACACUUUAGCAGCAGGGAUUCACAGGCAGGCCAGAUUUAUCAGUCAUACACUAAACCAGAGUUUUCUACCAAAAUAAAAUUGCUUAUUUGGUUCUUUUUGUGUAAGUUUUCCUAAAUACUUCUAAAUUUCUAGGAAAGAUGUCUUUUGCCAGUACUAAUGGCUUGUUUUUAAAGAUGCUUAACCAAAAUUUUAUAACUUCCCAUAAAUUCUGGCUGACUAGACCCCUUAUAAAUAGUUUAUUGAUCAUGCAGCCUCUGUCUGGGUUACUAGUAAAUCUUGGAUCAUUGUGGAAAUUACAGGAUGGCUUUUGUUCCCUAAGGAUAGAUGAAGGAAUCGUUUACUGAACUGAAAUUGAAUGAAGAAAAGAUUUAAGGGGCAGAUCUUCAGCUCUGGUAAAGUGGCAGGGUUCAGUGGAAGCUACUUGAUGUCAGCUGUGGAUCUUGUCCUUCAGUGUUGAAGGCAUUUCCUAUAUGUAAUUUUUCUGUCUUACUGUAAAACAAUUUCAUAUGGUUAAACUGUAUUUUCCUAUAUUGUUCUGCAAGUUUAUAUACACCAUAGUGCUCAUCUCAUCUCCUGUAAAAUAAACUGUACAGAGACACAUUGA